AUGGAUAAUUCCAGUGCGCCCUGUCCUCGGAAAAGGCCGCGUUGGCCGACAAGUAGGGCCACAAUUUUGGCCGUUUUCCUGUUGUUAGCACCAUUAGCACAGUCAUCAGGUAAGUUCAAAAAUCUCUAACUUUUUCGCAAUAAGUCACUGUCUUUUAGUCAAUUUUUUGAGCAGUUUUGCUCAUUUUUUAGUUAUUUUUUAGUCAUUUUUUUGCUUUUUCCUCUAAAAAUCCCAAAUUUUUUAUUUUUAUACAGUUUUUUCACUUUUUUUCCAGAAUUAGUACGAGCGAAAAGGGAUGUGAGAGGGACGGAGAGUCUGCUCACAGUUGAAUGGGAAGGCAUUCAAAGCGGAGACCAUCCCGAUUCGAGUAUUCGCGGAUUCAUUGUGGAAUACCGAGCCGAGAAGGACAAUCAAUGGAAUGUCCAUGCGGGCGUCAUCCCAUACAAAGGCCCCAAUCAUCAAUAUCGCGUCCAGGUGAGUCUAUUUUUCAAGAUUUUUUCAUAUUUCACUAAGGCUUUUUCUGCCUCUGGCAUAAUUUUCGAAGAUCAUAAAAAGUUUUAAACCAAAAAACCGUUAACUUUCGGGAAUGACCUUGAUAUUCAUCUUCGCUGAUAGUUAUAGACGUAGAAGCUAGCGUUUCAAUUAAAAAUUUGAUAUCUUUUGGUGUUACUUGUGACUCUGAAUGACGUCACAGUAAUUUCUAGUCAUGAGACAUGCUUAGAUCACUCUGCGAACCCUUAACUAUCCGCGCAUUCCACGACCUGCGAACACAAUUUGUUUACUUCCCUUGAAUCUUCUCGAAAUUAAACGGUUUUCUCUCCAAUUUUUGUUUACACCACCCCCGGGCAAUAAGGCAUCGCACAAUUCAUUUUUUGGGGGUUUAAUGAAGGACUCGAUGGGACAGUUCUUAACAGUCUCACGGAACUGGUUUACACCCGCAAUUCCUCGCCUUCAUGGCACGGAAAGCGGGGUCUUUGGGGGGAAGGGGGGACCCGCUUCUCCCAUCUUUUUCCAUCCGUCCGAUUUCGCCGAGAAUGUCACAAUUAGAGACGGCGGUUUCGCAGCCGUCGACGUGUGAUGUCUUCAUUUAUUUUGAGCGACCUUUUCGCGCAGAAAAAAUGCUCCCUUCUAAACAACAAACAGCCUGAUAAUUGCAAGCGAGAAGACCGCUGGAACAAAAAGUAAAUAAUCAAAAUUUAAGGCAAAAAACGAUACCGUAGGACUGAGGGAGGCAAGGUGAAGGAGAGUGGGGAAACCACUUGUAAAAUCGAAAUAGAAAAUAAGCAUUAAGAAGAUGAUGAAUGCAGAUUUAAAGGCUGAAUUAAGCUUUAAAUCUCAUCCUUGGACUUUCAAAUUGACCGACAAAAAAUGAUGACAUUUCAAUCCCCUUGAACUCAUCUACCUAAAUGAAUAUCACAAUCUUAUUCCAGAUCCCCAAGCUUCCAACUGGCAUCUCGUAUUUUGUCCGGAUCAAGGUCCUAGGCGACAAAAACGAAGUCCUUGUGGAGACGCCGGAAAUCCGAGCUCGCAACGAAAUUGUCAGCAUUAAAUGCGAUGGCGAUGAGAUCACAGCUCCCCGCGAUCUCGACGUCAAAGAACGAGGCAAAUACAGCGUUGCGUUGUCGUGGUCGCCGCCAGAAUGCGGAAGUGUUGGCGAGUAUCAGAUCGAGUUGAGAGGGCUGAAAAACGAACGAUUCGAUGUCCACCGAAUGACGGUUGCUCAGCCAUCCGCCAGUGUCACCAAUCUUUUGUCAGGCACCGAGUAUGUGGUGAGGAUUCGAGCUGUCGACAGAUCACAUGCUACAAGUCCUUGGAACGAGGAGCUGAUCACGGUGUCGACCAAAGGAGAAGGUAAGAAAGGUUUUUGCAAAGUUUCGAAAUGAUGAUUUUGAUAUUGUAUUUACAUGUAUUUUUGUGUGAUUUCAUAUCCAAUAUUCGCAAUUUCAGUGCCCGAGGCCUCUUCCGAAAUCAAAGCCGAAUAUCGGUCCGACCAGGAAGUGCGGAUCCGCUGGAAACAUUUGGAUGACGAACGCCUCCAACAUUACGAGGUAAGAGCCGAUUCCUUUAUGCGUUGUCCUCGCUAAUGGAUUCGAAUAAAGGGGGUUAUCUCUUUUUGAUUAUCACAAAGAGGGAAGCGGGAGAUUACCCAUAAAAAGAGCUUAAUUAGAUUGGUCGACUUUCGGUGAAUAAAUUAGAGAACAGUUGGAAAAAAAGUUGAGAAAAAAAUUUGCAAAAUUAAAAAGAUCAAAUCAUUAUUUCUAAAUCAUCAUGUAAAAAAUAUUACGGCAUAUUUUAGGUAGUCCUUGUGGAAUUCCAAGACGAUGCUCCCCAACGGAUCGAAAGAGCCAGAGUGGAGCCAGAAAAGGACAGUUUCCACUUCAACGAACUCUCUCCCAACUCUGACUACGAAGUUGGAGUCAUCGCCUAUGUUGAUCAUGAACCCCGAAGAGUCUAUCGCCUAGUCUUCUCGACCACGGAUCAACCGAUCAGCGAGAUUGAUGAGACCCCCGUCGUUGUUGGAGCAGGAACUCAAUACACAGUGCACUGGAAGAAACCCGCUACAGAACUGCCUGUCAAGAAAUUCAUCGUCGAAUUCAAGCCGGACAACUCGACCCGAUGGGAACGAGUGAAUACUGAUAGAGACUUCAAUGGAGAAGACAGUUUUAGUGUUGAAACGAAUCAGUUGGACAAGGCGUUUGCUGUGAGAGUUGUGUUGGUCGGAGAUGCUGAGAAGGCGUUGGCGACAACAAAGUCCGUGCUGGUUCAUGACGCCAGUCCGAACAAUUGCAACUCAGUCGCUGGUAUUCCGAAGAAUGUGAAAGCCAAGGCAACCAAGACUUCGCUGACAUUCACUUGGGACGCUCCUGAAUGCGAGGGCAGUGAUUCGAGUGAUCUGGGAUACGAGUAUUCGGUAAGGAAUAGCUUAAAGUUUUGGCAAUAUUGUCUGCUGCAUUUUGUGCAAAGUCUUGUUGAAUCAUGAACAAAUUUUCUUGCAGAUCUGGAAGAAGGAAGAUGGAAUUGUCGACGAGACUUCGUUCGUCCCCAAUCCCACCGUAACCAUCGACGACGCCGCUCCUGAGACCAACUUUGGCUUCCGCGUUCGCACCCGCCUCGUGAACGGUCACAGUCCCUGGUCCGAGAUCGUUGAGACCAUCACGUCGGAUGCUCCUGGUAGGUUACAGUCCCUAUUCCCUUUAUCAACAUGAUUUAUUAACAAUUAACAAUGCUUCUGAGUUUAACACCCACUAACAAGCCGCUUUUUAUUUCAUAUACUAAGCGUGUCGGCGUUCUGGACCGCGUGUCGACAGCGACAUCUCAGCUUUGAUUUGGUGCCUCGAGGUUUGUUUACAACCGCUUUCUUUUCUUCCAUUCUUUUUUCUUUUUGUUUGUUGUUGAUUUUUGCGCUCGGCGUUUUUUUUUGGUUGAAACCAAUGAUAGCGUUGAUAUUAAUGGAGUUAUUUCUUUUUUUUCGGAACCUCCAAAGUCUGACGCUAAUGUGUAAUAGGUACUAUCCGCGCCUUCUUUUCGCCAACCUUUUCGCUUUUUGUCGCCUGAGGCGCUAACGAUCUCGUUUAAUUAAUUAUUUCAUCCUUCACGCUCGGAUGCCUCAUAAAAGCGGAGCGAAAAUGUUUCUGCUAACGUACAAAAAAGGCGAUUUAAUAAGUAAUAAGUUAUAAGCGAGGGGCUUUUGUCAGCGGAAUUGCGUCAUCGGAAAAGAUUCUCUAAGAAAUCGGCAAUAAAUGAUGUACAAAACAAAACAUUGCACAAUACACAAAGCACUAGAGCGAUCAGGGGAAAUCAGGCCACCAGAAAGACCCAGACAUGCCACUCUUUCAGAAGCCGAAAACAUUUACCGUCUGCGAAUUGUCUUGGCGCCACCACGCUCCUAUCUUGUCUGGACGCCCCUGCCCGAGCAUGAGGACAAUAUCGCCAGUUUUAAGUACGCACUGACUCCCGUAACUCUUCCAUUAACACCGCUUUUAGGCUGUCCUAUAAGAAGGCGGAGGAGGACAAGUGGGUGAACGUCCACAAGCCCGCUUCCUUCUUCAAAUGCCCGAAGAACGUCGCGGCGACGCCCGACUUCUGUUAUGAUUUGCGCGACCUGGAGUACGGCCAACAAUACACCAGCGACGUAGGCUUGAUUGUUUGCAGUGUGUUGUUGUGACGCUUGAAUUAAUUGCAGCUAAUCUAUGAACUAAAAUCCGGCGACUGGACCUCACACGGCAGUCCGCUUUUCUUCAUUCUUGUCGAGGCCGGUUAGUUGGUCCUAACUGACUAAACGUAUACCGUGUUUGCAGAGGGUCAAGACGAUAUCAUCCCAUCGGGCGAGGGAUCCCAAACCGAAGCUCAAGCUCCAGCUCAAGACUUGUCGGUUGCCGACACCAAAAUCCAAGAUCUUGGCGCUAAAAUCAGCGUUGCUUGGUCUGUGAAAGGAGAUCAAAGCAAGGUCCGUGCCUAUCAAGUGGAACAGAAACCCGAGAAAGAAGAGGAAUGGAAGCCAUUUGGAAACUACGUGCCGGCUUCGGAAUCUCAGACCAUCUACAAGCAACUGAUUGACCGGUCGGCUCUGUUGUCAAGCAAUGCUGAGUUGAGAGUUCGAGCGAUUGGCGCAAACGCUGAAUCCCUCGUGUUGUCAGCUCCUCAAUUGCUCAGCAAUAAGUGCGAGAGUAAGCUACAGGAUGCAUUUACAUAACCUUUGAUCUUGUUUCUAGGGAUUCAAAAAACUCCAGAGAAUGUUUUGCUUACCGUUGAGACCGCCAAAAGCAUCAAGAUCAGAUGGGAUUACCCCGCCGAUUCCGGUGACUGUGGUCUUUACUUUGUGAUCAGCGGAAUGAUCGAUAACGGAUCCAUCCAACAGACUGUUAACGGAAAGACUCGCGAACUUUUCCUCGAAGUCCAGAACCCAAGUAGCGUUGAGUUGAAGGUCAGCGCCGCCAAUAAGAUUGGCCCUGGGCCUGCUACCGAGUUUCUCAGAAUAGGCGAUGGUCCUCAGCCUCCACAUCUUGAUGGCCAACAGCAAGCAGCCGCGCCAACGAACGGCCAUAUCAGCCGAGGAGGUAAGGGAGUCCAGGCCGGUCAUCUAUGGCAGAGAUAUCCGUCUGGUUUUUGCUUAUUAUAAUUUACCCAAGUUUUCGAAUUUUCACCUUUGUUACUUUACCGUAUGUUAUUUGUACAUCUUGUUGUUACCUCAUUCUCGUAUGUCCUGAGAUCUUCAAAUUUACUCUCUGAAGAAACCAUUCAUUUUGUCGAUACAACAGGUUAUUAUCAAGUCACUAGCCGUCUUUUACAUUGUAAUUUCUUCAAAUCGAAGGUCUUUGAUAGGAACCCUGAUAACCGCGAAUCUUUUAAGCUCGAGGUGCUGGUGUUGUUAAUACUGAAUCUCAUCAUCGGGUCCGCCGUUCCAUCUGCGAUCCCCGUACGGACUUCUGGUGCCGCGAAGGCAGCAACUUCGACGGCAACCCCGACCACGCCAGAGGAGGUUUGUAGCGUGUUGUUGUUGUUGUGCUUCUCCGUGUGCUUUUCGUCUCCAUCUCCUUUCCUCCCCCACUAACUCUUCCCGCCACCUUUUCCGUGUGUUGUUGUCGUUGUUGUUGUAAGCUACUGUCCCUCAAAGUGCACACCGUUGUCGUGUCUUUUCCGAUUGUCCGUCGUUCCGGCCAAUUGCCUUUCUUCUUCCGUCUGUCCUUUUGUCCCUGUUAUGCCGUGUUCCACUCGAUGAAGAGAGCGCUUUCAUUAACCAUUCGAUUGCUUCAGCCUUAGUGUCCACCCCGCACGUUUCGCAAGGCCGUGAAGGCGGCUUGACCGUGCACUGGAAGAGCACCGGAAACGGGCGUGGAGUCUUUGGAUACCGUGUUCUCUACAGAUCCGACUCAACGGGAUGGAAUCCUUAUGGGUAAGAGAGGGCUAGCCGAUAAACUAACAUCUUAUCCCAACUCUAACAUAAUACUAAAAAUUCUAGACAAAUCGUGCCGUAUGUCGGUGACAACGAAAGCUACAGCCAAGCUCUGACCAGUUUGGUUGUUGGCGGAAACUACAAAAUCCAGAUUCAAGCUCUCGACAGAAACUCUUACGUCCUCUUCACCAGUCCUGAAGUUUCUGCUCAAUCAACUUGCCAACCACCAUCUCGUCCUCCAAGUCAUGUUACCGUGGAUGCGCCAGAUGCCAGACACGUUCGCUUGACCUGGGUUCAGCCUCCACAGAACACCUGGAACUGUGGGGAAAUCAGCUACGAGAUUCAGGUCGAUGAGCCAAGAAUCUACGCCGAGCCAAUCAAGGUCGAAGGCCGUCUUCUUAGCCAUGUGUUCAUGUCUCAACCCGGUCAACAAUGGGUUGUCAGAGUUCGCACUGCCAACUCCGCCGGAGCUUCUCCUUGGUCGACGUCCGUCUCGACAUCAGCAUCGUCAAGUUCAGCCGAUCUGAUUGAAGGGCCUUUCGUCAGCACGACUGGCGGAGUGCCUCGAAUCACAUGGAAAGCCGUUCAGAAUGCCCCGGAUACCUUGGCCAACUUCCGCGUCGAAUGGAAACCCCAAACUCAACCGACAUGGAAUAUCCAUCGUCAACAGGUACUUAUAUACGGAAUUAAUUUAAAUCCGAAUUUAGAUUCCUUACUCUGGCUGGCAACGACCAUAUGCUGUUGAUCUUGCUGAUUUGCCUCAAGGAAACUCUUACGAAGUUCGAGUCAAAGGCAUUGACAACCGCGGAGUUGAGAUUGUUGUCUCGCCUACGAUUAGUGUACAGACAAGUCGGCAAUGUUACCCACCAAGAAGACCUCCGACGAAUGUUCUUGUCACUCCAUUGGGUCCAAAUCAAAUCCGUCUUAGCUGGGAGGUAAGGAAAUUUCUUGCGGAAUCAAUGGCAUAAUUUUAGCCCAUCUCCGAAGCCGAGUGGAAUUGUAAUUCUCUGUGGUAUGUGGUCAAGUACAGUAGUCCCGAAACUCAAGGCUACAAGAACGUCACGAACGGCGAAACAUCCGUUGUCUUCGACUCCAAGCCAUAUACUCAAUGGCAAUUUGAGGUCCAAGCCGCAAACUCGGCCGGUUCCUCUGGUUGGUCUCGUAACACCGCCUCCCAAACUCUAACAACUUCUCCUGGUGCUGUGUCGGACGUCCAAGUCUACCCAUCCCACGACUCUAUCCAACUCAGUUGGAGGCCGCCACAGAAUCCAAACGGUCAAAUCGUCGGAUACGAAGUGACGUACCAGCUCGUCAACAAGGGAAUGUGUGAGAAUUCGGCCGGCACCGUGCAAACAGUGAUGAGUCAAGGUCCUACCUACAGAAUCAGCGGAUUGCAACCUCAUUCCAAAUACCGAAUCGGAGUUGCAGCCAGAACGAACAUCGCUGGUGAACGAGUGACUCGAGAAGUCCAAACUGAGCCCUCGGUUCCAACUGCUGCUCCAGCCUACAUUCGUGUCGAUACUGUGGGAGAUACUAGUGCUGCCAUCAGCUGGCAUGCUCCCCCAUGUGUCCAUACGAAUGGAGAUAUCUCCGAAUACGAAUACGAAGUCAUCCCAGCCGAUCGAUAUUCGGUUGAUCAACGGUUCACUGAUACGAUUCGCACUACCAGAGUCGAACUUCACAAUCUUCAGCCAGGAACCAAGUACAAGUUCAAGAUCAGAGCCUAUACUUCUCGAGGAGCCGGCCCGUGGUCUCCUGAUGUUGUCUUCCAAACCUCUCUUCGAGGAUCUUUGGUUGUUCCACCACCGGCUCAAGUCAUCUCCACCGGACCAACUGAUGCCCAUCUUGUCUGGCAGACCACUCCUGGAACCGCCUCUUACUUCGACAAGUUCAAGUGUCAAUAUGCUCCAGCUGGAACUCAACAAUAUCAGCAGAGAACCUUCCCAGCCUACAGUCCUUGUGAUACUGAAUUGAUUAGACGCCAGCAACUUCCACCAAGCACUCCAUCUGCUCAAACUCAUUGUGGUCGCAUCGAUAAUCUCCAGCCUAAUACUCCAUAUGACUUCCAAGUCUCGGCUAAGCCAAAGCAAGGCCCCUGGACCCCAUGGAGUCCUCCGCAGAGAACUCAGCCCGUAGAAGGACCUGUCAAGAUCUUGUCUUUGACCAAGACUGGUGGUUCAACUAGCAGUCUUCGUUUUGCUUGGACUGUCACUCAAAGCGAUCUUCUUCGUUGCACUGCCUUCAGAAUUACAGUCACUCCAAGAGAUCGCUCAGAACCACCAAGAACCUUUACUGUUGAUGGUCACACCUUCCAGUAUCAAGUGGAUGGACUUCGACCAAACACCGUUUAUGCCGUCACCGUUGAAGCCAGCACAAACGCCCGUUACUACCCUGGUGUUACCGUCGACAUGAGCACUGAUGCCGAGCAAAUCUUCGGAGUCGAUCAGCGACCAAGAAUUAUUGAAGAGAAAUCUUCAUCGAUCACUUUGGGCUGGGAUGUCUCAUCCAGAAUCAGAUGCAGCAACUUCAUCGUUGAAUACAAGCUGGAGAACGGAGCCUGGCAGCAGUACGACCGUCGUGUGCCUUGCGAUCAUGGCCGUACCUCUUACACUUCAACUGUCCAGAACUUGCCCACCAACAGUGUCGUCGACUUCAGAGUUAUUGCGAUCUCCGACAGAAAUCAGCCGACUACUCCAAGUCCAGAAGUCCGUGGUCAUACCAAGUGUUCUGCUCCAGAUCAGCCGCCACAAGCUGUUCGUGCCGAUGCCCCAUCAACCAAUGAGGUCCGUGUUUCAUGGGCUCGUCCAGCCAAGAAUACCUGGAAUUGUGAUCAAUUGAACAUUGAGAUCGGCUACAGAAUUGGAGACGGCCCAGAACAGAUUGUCCCAGUUUCCGGCGAAAGAACUGACUACACUUUCCCAUCCGAGCCAAACACCAGAUGGACAAUUCGAGUAAGAUCGAGCAAUCAGGUCGGCCACAGUCCAUGGAGCGCACCUCAGACAGUCACCACUCGUCAAGGAGCUCCCGGAGCCGUCAUGAACCUACGAUUGACACCAAAGAGUCCAAAUGAAAUCUUUGUCCAAUGGUCUCCUCCAUCUCAAUCCCAUGGCUCCAUUGUUGGAUACGACAUCAGUUACCGAUUGAAACACCGUUUGGCUUGUCCAGAUGAAGAUCCAAGAGACACGAGCCGAGAUUUCGUUACGAUCUACAACCACAAGGACCUGGAUUACACUCUGACUGGUCUCCUGCCAAACUCCCUUUACGAGGUGAAAGUUCGCGCCAGAACCACAGAAGUUGGACCGGAAGAAACCAAGGAAGCCGCUACCCUCCAGCAACCACCAAGUGCUCCUCCACUCAAUCUGCAGUUGACUUAUGCCCUUGAAAGAUCGUUGAGUUUCCAAUGGGAGCCAGUUGACUGUUCUCAACGCCACGGAGAGAUCAUCAACUACGAAUACGAGAUCCUUGGAUUGGAUGAUUGGGCCAAAUUGGAAAGACAGAUUGCUAAUACCACCAACACUCAAGUUACAAUCGAUGGAUUAACACCAUUCACCAAAUACGUGAUGAGAGUCAAGGCCUACAACACCAUUGGUGGAGGGCCGAACACCGAGAAUCUGGCAGUCAUGACGACCAAGGCAAAUGCCCCUCUUCCACCUCAAGAUUUGGUUGUAACUCAAGAAGGAACUGAUUUCUUUGUCAUCUCUUGGCUUCCUCCUUAUCCACCCUAUGGACCUCACGAUUCCUACAAGAUAACCUACCAACUGUUGAGUGCCAAUCAAUGGGAGAAUAUUGAAGUCAGCACCAAAGAUCCUCGUCUGGAAUGCCCAAGCGUCACUCCUCGCUUCUGCUUCAAUAUUACUGGUUUGGACAGUGGUCAACAAUACCGUGUGAAGGUGGCUGCCAGAAUUGAAGGAGGAACUUAUGGCCCAUACAGUUCUGUCAUCAUUGCCAACACUCUCCAAGUUUUGCCUGAUGCUCCACCCAGAAUUGACUUGAUCGCCAAAACCGAUCAUUCUCUUCACAUCAGGUGGACUCCACCUCAUGAUCCUCACAGCCAAAUUAUCCAAUACAAGAUUACUUACAAAUCCUUGGGUGAUCCGUAUGCCAAGCCUCAAACAGUCAUUGUUCCCCAUCCAAAACUGGAUCAACUACUCGAUGGAUUGACGCCAGAUACGACCUACAACAUCACAUUGUCUGCGGGAACAAAGCGCGGAUUUGGCCCAGAGAUUUCAACUCGAUACAAGACCGAUGUGUUCAAGGUUCCGGCUGUUAUCAACGCGCCUACUGUCACUCCAGACGGAGCCCAUGCCUUGAACGUUGAAUGGACUGGAGUUCACGACACUCAGAACAGAAUUAACGGCUACAUCAUCGAAUUCAGAAACAGUGACACGCCAGUUUGGCGAGAGAACCCUCAGAUCGUUCGUCACGUCCCUGGAAAGUUGCAAUACAAUGGAAAGCUGACUGGUCUUGAGCCUGACACCCUGUACUUUGUCCGUAUCAAAGUCGUGGACACCAAGAACAACCCAUCAGAAAGCAGUCCCGAAGCCCAAGGCCGUACUGGUUGUGCUGCUCCAAGGUCUCCUCCAAACAAUAUCAACAUCAAUUCGCCAUCUCCUCUUCAAGUCCGCGUUAACUGGCAACCGCCAGCCAAGGACACCUGGUCUUGUUCCAGCAUCAGAUACAGAAUUAAGUAUACGAAUGGCACUAGACCCGGAGAAGUUGUGGUUCCAGGCCUUGAGAAUAUCUUCGACUCCGCUCCAAACGCCCCAUGGACCGUCCAAAUCAGGACGGAAAAUGAUGCCGGAACUUCUGGAUGGAGUGAACCAUUGAAGAUUAAGACUUCUGACGGUAUCCCUGGUGCCGUCAGGGAUUUGAAUGCUACUCCAGAGGGUCCAAAUACGGCCGUGGUUACAUUCUUAGAGCCUGAAGAGCCAAAUGGAGAGAUCACAGGCUACACCAUCGAAUACCAGCUGAAAUCGAUUGGAGAAUGCGGUGCUCGAAGUGAGAAGCCGAUCACAAUCCAUUCAAAGGACAAGAGAAUCAACCUCGAGAAUCUUCUUCCCGAUUCCACUUAUGAGGUCCGAGUUACAGCCCAUACCACCAAGGCUGGUCCAAAAUCUAAGCCGGUUCUUUUCACCACCGAAGAAUCAGAGCCAACUGGGCAGCCACGAAACCUGAGGGUAACUUCCAUUACUUCCUCAAGAGCAGAGCUUCUAUGGAAUGAAAUUGAAUGUGAGCUUCGUCACGGAAAGAUCCUUGGAUAUGUCUAUGAAGUGCAAGCCCUCAGCCCUUAUGGCCAGAAUGUCACCGAUCGUACGACCACUCACCGUGUCUCUCUUCAAGAUCUGGCUCCAUUUACUCAGUAUCGCGCUCGAGUUCGAGGAUUCAACAGCAAGGGAGAGGGUCCGUUCUCUGAUUGGGUCAACUUCCAAACCAAACCUGCCGCUCCACCACCACCUACUGAUCUGAGAGAGGAACAAGUCCUUGACCACGCUCUGGAGAUCUCGUUCUUGCCACCCAGCCCACCAAAUGGAAUCCUCGACUUCUACAAGAUUCGUCACACUCCAACAGGACGUUACAACUACAAAGAGGUCAGAGUUCCGGCUCAUGAGCUGGUCUGCUCGGAUGUGAACAAGAGGGAUCGUUUGUGCUACAGAGUCUCCAAACUAGAGCCCGAGCAGGAAUACGAAAUCCAAGCUGCUGCUCACACAGAAGGCGGUGACUGGUCGGACUGGUCUGAACCUCUGAAUACCAAGACCGAACAACAGAAUAUUCCUGUUCUCGAGACCGGCCUUGAGCUCGAUCAGGUUCGAUCUACCAGCAUCAGCGUCAAAUGGAAGGGACUAGAACCUCAUCUGGCUGAACAUAUUGUUGGAUACAUUCUUGAAUACAAGUCCGAACUUGACGACGAAUGGCAAGAACACAACGGCGUCGUCAGACAUCGUGCUCGUCAGAACGAAUACAAGGCCACCGUUCGAAACCUCAUUGAAUCCACCGAAUACUUUUUCAGAAUUCGUGUGGUGGGUAAAAAUGACAAACGUGGCAACCCCAGCCCCGAACUCCGCGCUACAACCAAAUGCGGCCGUCCGGAAGAGCCUCCAAGAAACGUGCAGAUCCAAUCAGUCGACUUUGAACAUGUCAAGAUCACUUGGGAACCACCAGAGGAAGAGACAUGGAAGUGCGACCAAGUGGAGUUUGUCAUCCAAUAUGCCAACACAACUUCUCAAGGCACCAUCAACGUUCCCACUGACGCGCCAUCUGAGCUGAUCUUGGACACUUUGCCUGGCACCAAAUGGGGAGUCAAGAUGCAAACCCAGACCAUCGAAGAGGAGCCUCAGAAGAGUAAAUGGAGUGACCGCGCUUCGUUGACCACCAAGUCUCCUCCAGAUGAGAUCUUCGUCCAGCUCGAACCCAAAUCUCCAACACAAGAGGUACUGACUUGGGACGUUCCUGACGCCGACUGGCCUUAUGGCGUCGAUAUCUCGUACAGACUCACCAAACUAGGAGGCUGUAACAAGGGAGAGUUUGUUGACGAAGAGCCAAUCCUCCUCGAGAAUGUUCAGGAGAAGACCGUUCUUCUGGACAAUCUCCAUCCAGGAUCGGAAUACGAAGUCACCGUUACUCCACGACUUCCACCUGGACUUGUUGGAGUGGUGAAGCCAAAGAAGACUGUCCGAAAGUUCAAGACCGAAGAUGAUAAGCCUGUUGGAGCUCCAAGAAAUCUCCGUGUGGACAAUCGCCAGGACACCAAGCUUGGGUUCUCAUGGGAACCGCCAGAGUGCGCCGAACAGAACGGAGUCAUUAGUCAAUAUCAAUACGAAAUUGUUGGUCUUGAUGAAUGGAAUAAGGGCGAGAAAGACGGAAUCUCUCCUCGAACCAAGACCGAAGUCACCGACCUUCUACCCGGAUCCCUCUACAGAUUCAGGGUUCGAGCCUUCACCUCGCAAGGAGAAGGUCCAUGGUCUGAGCCGGUUGAUGCCCGCACCACUGGCUCUGAAAUUGGUCCUCCAAGAGAGCUGACCACCGUCGGAACAAAGCCAACUUCGAUCCAGAUUACUUGGCUGCCACCUCAUCCCGAACUCACCAAGAUCAUCGCCUACAAGGUCAAGUACAGUCCAAGGGCCGAUGACUCGCGUCCAGUUGAAGUCGAGCUCUCUGAGAAUGAACUCAGCUGCUCUGGAUACGAAAGCCCAAUCUUGACCGGAGAUUCCCUUUGCACAGAUGUUACUGGACUCGAGCCUCAGACCACCUACAGGUUCUCGGUUCAAGCCCAAGCUGCCUCUGGAAACUGGGGACCUUGGUCGACGGAACACUUCUCAACCACCAAGAAGGCCUUUGAUGGUCCAUUGGGAGGAAGUCUGGUACUCUUAUCCAAUGGCCAUGACAACAUCAAGGUCAGAUGGACUCCUCCAGGUGUGAUUGGAGAUAACAUCGAGAAGUAUGAUCUGACAAUCUCUGUUGCCAGUGAAUUGGACAAGAAUCCCAAGAAAUACUCGACCGGAGGCCAACAAAAAGAGUUCCACUUCAAGGGAUUGGAGCCAUCCACCUACUACAAUGUUACUGUAACUGGUCGUGCUGGUCCAAAGAAUCUCUGGUUCAUUUCGAACAACUUCCCAACUACCGAGAAGGCGGAACACGCGUCGAUUGUGAAUAUUGGCCCGGUUACCAACUUGAGAGUGAUCGACAAGAGCGAGAACAUGAUUCAUGCCGCGUGGGAUCCUCCAGAUAUAUUCGAGCCGGAAUACAGAGACUUGUUGACUCACUACCGCGUCACCUUGACCCCUCUGGACACAUACACCCUGCAACCUGGAGCAUCGAAGAACUACACCGUUCCAGUACCUGGAACGACCAUCCGGUUCACAGACCUUAUUCCUGAGACCAUCUAUAACAUCACAGUUCAAGGUGGAACCGAACAAGGAUACGGAGAACCGUUGUGGACAACCGAAUCAACGUUGCCGGUCGGUGAGAAUAAUAUUUUGAAGCUGAAGAGCCGAACUCCAACCACACUGACGGUCGAAUGGGAACCUGUUUGGGGAACUACACACAGGGGAUACAUUGUAAGUUUAUUCACAGUUACAUCAAAUUAUCUUAACCUUUAUGGAAAUAUUUUUUUCUUUUUCAGCUGACUGCCAAAUCCCUCAAAUCCGUAUAUCCACAUGUUCGCAUAAACACCAUAAAGUCCUUCGAAAUCAACGCCACGGCUACAGAAUUUGUGAUCAAAGGUCUUGAGCCAUCGACCACUUACAACGUCACUCUUCAACUCAAGGACAACAACAAGGGUGCUUGGGGAGCCUGGUCAACAAUGCCUCCGGGCUGGUUUGUACCCAAGAAUCUGAGAUAUUGCGAUGUCACCAACUACGCCGUCUCCAUGAGCUGGCUUCCAGUUGAACUUGAUCUGGCAACAGACUAUCAAGUAAGAUAUGCCCAUUUGAACAGCCCUCAUUUGGUGUGGAAUGAAGAGCCGGAGAAGCACAAAAAGUAUUUGUUAUGUCCUAAAGAUCCUUGUGAUCGGAUGUGCUAUGUUGUGUUCAACUUGGAGCACCAUCCAGACGAGUACGCCUUCCAAGUCAGAGCCAAGGUCGAUGGAGUUUGGAACAGAUGGAAGACGGCCUCCAAGAUUGCUGUCUCGGAAUCGCCAGAAGUGAAGGCCAACUGUUGUAUUGUCCCACCACCAUACAUCGUCGAGAACAUUGCUUCUCCCGGCACUUGGUGGGAGGUCCCAAUUGCUCCAGCUGCCACUGAAAAGAAUAUCACGUAAGACAUCGUAAUUUUGACAUGUAAAAUUCUCAAUUUCAUCUCCGAUUUACCUUUUAAAUUUCGCUUUCAGUCGUUACUAUGUGGUUGUCGAUCAACGUGAGCCCGCUGGAGACACCAACUGGACCAUGUUGACAGACAAGGUGACUGCCGACCGUCUGAAGAUCCCAUACUAUGUGGCAGCCUCAUUCAGCACGGAAACGCUGACUGCUCCAACAACAGUGAAGAUCGGCGAUGGCAAGGUUUAUGGUGGAUACAUCAACUACCCGCUGGUGAAAGGAAAGACCUAUAAUUACGAGAUCUACACCAAAUGGAGCAUGAACGAUGGACAACCGGUCAUUGCUCGUCUUCGAGGUAGGUUUCCAUGUUCUCUGCUCAGCCUCAUUUACUCUCUAGAGCAUUGAAAAUCCCGGUUUAAUCCGUCGCAUCAAAGGCUGUUUUUGAUCAUCGUAUUUUCGGAUAUUUUACAGCGCGGGUCAGUAAAAAAAGUACUCUCGACCUCAAAAAUAAAUAAAAAAUAGGAUCGUUGUCGGGGUCGGAACAAGCCCUUUGAUUCGACGUGUACGCGGCGAGAAAACUCUUUUGUGUUUCCAUACCCUUAAGGGAAUUGUUCCCCCACUAAGACGGGUUGGUGACAGCUCUAAUUAUUCAAUUAUUUUUUUGCCUACCGAUCUCAAAUGGAUGUGUCGUUCUAGAGAAUGCGAUACCCAAACCGUAAGAGGGGUUUCUGACUUAAUUUAUACAAAACAUCAAAUUCAUUGGUCAAAAAAACGAAUUUUUGGCAAAAAUCGAACUUUUCACAACUUUCAGAUGUAGACUCGGCCUUCAGUAUCAUCCCAUGGAGAGGCAUUUAUCUCCUGGGCUUCCUGAUUCUGAUACUUUUCUUAAUUUUGUGCAUCUGUUGCUGCUGCAAUUCGUAAGUUGGAUGCAGUUCGAAAAAUACGAUUGCAGUCCGACUUUAAAACCCCGUAUAACUUUUAUAAACCCACUCUCCGAUUCUUACGGUGAUUAACAAUUGUGUGACCGUAACCCAUUUCAGAGACACCAUUCCUGACCGCUGGAUGGCCAUGGUGGUGGAUCCUGUUGUUCUUGUUGCUCCUCUUACUUCUCAUUCUGUUGUGUUGUUUGUUGGCCUGGUGUUUGACCGCGUAAGAGUUUGCCGACCUUCUAAUUGGCACCGUUUUAGCCAAUAAUCUAUAAAAAAUUUAUUUAGGAGAAAGAGAAGAAGGGAGAGAAGAUACGUCAAUGGACAGCACAUGCCAUUGCUGCAUGAUGUAAGCAAUUCUUUUUUCAGUUUUGAGUUUAGAUCCAAUUUGUCAACUAAUGCUCAUUUUGAAGAUAUCAGCAAAAUAAACUGAAAACAUUUUAUUUCCAGGAGAAGUACGAAGCCCGCCGCACCAACUUCGAGGAUGGCUAUCGUCAUGGCUACAGUGAGGCCGGCCGUCUUGGAUCGGGAAGUGCGGCGCGUCGUCAUUACGCCGAGGAGUAUUCGACCAGAGACGACCGCUUCCAGGAAGGGUACGCUAAGGGCCUCAGAGAUGCGGGCCUCAGCGGCAUGAGCACAUCCAUGUAUAAUUUGGCUUCCAGACGUGACAACCCCGGCUUCUCCGCCGGCUACAUGCAAGGAUUCCGCGACGGAAACUCGGGUGUUUUCGGGGAUCAAAUCACGACCAGCCUGUUGAACCGGCUGGAAGAGCAGUAUCCAAACAACGAGGAGUAUCGGGCUGGAUAUGUGGAUGGAUUCAAGGACGGAGUUGGUGGAGGAAAGGUUCGUUUUUUGACUUACAAAUGGCUUGAUAAGGGUCUUGUGGUACUUAGAGGUGGCGGAUAUAGCGUGUCGACGAUAAAAUCAAUAAAUUAGGGCCUUUCUUCUAAAUAGUGUCCUUUUUUGUCGUGGAUUUUUUUAUUUCCAAAAACUUUUUGCGGAUUCUGCAGUCUCCACUAACAUGUACCGAAAUGAGUUUAUUCCCGCUUUCAGAACUACGAAUCCAAGGAAUUCCACAAGAGUUUGACCGAACUCACCGAGCGUCUGACCACGCUGGAGAAAAUCAAGGACAACGAGACAUUCCACCAGACCAAGAUAUACCAUGUGUACAAUCAGAACCCCGAAACUGCCAGUUAUACCGCGACGGGUCAGCAGUUGGCUCAGGAGCUCGAUGAAAUUACCUCAGGAUCGCGUCGAAGCACGCUGAGAAGACAUUACACUCCGGGAGAUUAUCUGAGAUACGGCAGUGAAGCCGAGGGAUUCAAUAGUUUGGGUCGAAGCCGCCGCUCCCAGUCGGUCUCAGGGUUGGCUCGAGGUAAGUGGAAUUGAUGUGAGGUUGAGCUGACGUGCUUCUUAACUUGUGUGCUUCUCAUGAGUCCUUCUUGUGUGAUGUACAUUGGUAAUGUAUUCUUGUCGAAGCAGUUGUGACAUAUUUUUGUUGAACUAACUCUGUGUGAUUCCGUUGGUUUGUUUAGAAGAGGCCGAGCGACGUCAUCAUGCCUCAGGAGCAUCCCAUCAUCGAGAAGAGGCCUCCGAAGAACGUCACGAAGAGAGGCAAGAAGAGGGAGCUCAUGAGACCUACGCUUCAUCGUCGAAACGUUACAACUUCAAAAGCCGGUCCGAUCUGAACCAACAAGACCGAAGAUACGCCUCUCAGACGUUGUUGGAUGGCGCCCGACCCGGCCCCAUUGCUUCACACUCAAGAAGAGAGGCGCUGCAUUCGUUGCAACGGGAAUUGGACAACCUUUCCAGGUCCCCGGCUGGUGGGUACAGCAGUGAUUAUGCUCAGGAAACAAUCAGAUCUCGUGGUGGACAACGGUUGGGUUCUGGAUACUCAAAUUACGACUAUGGUAAUUAGCGGGGAAGAUGAUCAUGUAUACGUGUGAACAUGUUAAUUGAGUUCAUGCUGUGUGAAUAACAGCCAAAAUUGUAGUCGAACCCCUCAAGUCAAAAAUUUUUUUUUUGUGUAGCACAGAAUGUAAUAGGUUGCUGAUGCCGUGACUAACACAAACACCAUCUAAUACCCGCCUAAACUCUAACCUUUCCACCCUUAUGACCUCUCCUUUCUGUAGACUCCUACAAUCGCUCGGAUCAACGGUUCGGGUCGUCGGUGAACUUUGCCGAAGAGGCCGAAGCAGCUGCGACAACGUCCAGAGGUGCGAGUGUGAUCAACAUCGGAGAUUCGGGAACAUCCGCCAUCAUUCGACAAAGCGGCAGUGCACGACAAGGCACGGGUUUCUUAUAAUUUCCACAAAAAUUAAUCUAUUUACAAAGAGUUUUUGAAAGUUUUCCAAACUUUUCCCUCACAAAUUUCCAAUUUUCCUCGCACUAUCGCUCUGAGAUUUCCAUUUCCGCGGGCUACGGUAUCUCUCACUUCCACAACUUGACAGCGAUUUGCACUGCGCAAUAACACACGAGAAUAGACACGCAAUAAACGGUGAAAUGCUUUAGAAGCGACGGGGCAGAGCUGGGCCGACGAUCUGAUCGAGAUCGUCAACGAGCCGAUGACACACACGCUGCAACGGAUGCGUCGCUUCAGCAAUUCGCUCUCGAACGUGGAUCGAGGUGGUCCCGCAGGUUAGGGGGUUGAGCAGCGCUGAGCUAUGGCCAAAAAUAUUGUCUUAGAGGGAUUAAAAUGACUCAAAUCAAUGUAAAAAUACUUUCAGAGUAAUUUUUUGCAGAUAUGUUGUAAUUUCAUGAUUUUCAGAGACAGGAGGUGGUCAGGUCGAAUCCGUCGAUGAGAGAUAUGAACGGUCAUAUAGAGAGGUAAAAUUUUGGUCAAUCAAAAAUUAUAUUGUUUUCGUUGAAUGAUGACAAUUAAAUUUUUUUCUUUCAGGAGUUCCAGGCAUCCUCUGGAGCUCAUCAGACUAGCUCCUCCAAGCAGUAG